UUUUAUACUUUUGUCAUCGAACGUUCCGUUAGAUUCAAUUUUAUGAUAAAUCAUGCGGAAGUUGAAUUAAAGAAAAAAAAAAAAACGAACUCCCACUCCAAACUAUAUAAAAAUUUGUGAUCACUUGAAGGAAAUAUAUUCAUAAUGGCGCAGGAAUUGCAGGAAUCGCUUCUUUAUGAUUGGAAUUAUAACCUAUUUUGUGUAAAAACUAUGUUACCAAAUCUUAGAAAUAUACAAGACAGACAAACUGCCGUGAGAUGGUUACGAUUUUUAAAGAAUUGUGCUAAAUCGAUGAACGAAAUGAAACUACGGAACGAUUUUAUGUACUUCCUAGUUUUGAACGUUCAAGAGGGUGAACUAAAGGAACCAUUUAACAAGCCACCACCGAAUCAACCGUUGUUAACAAUGACGAACUUGUUGCCUGCUGAUGCUGAUGAGAAGAUACAGAAAGCUGAAAGAUUUACGAAAGAGAAGACUACGAUCGGUAAAGGAAGAAGAUCGGAAUUGUUACGCCGUUCACCAGACGGUGGCGAAUUUCUUCUCUCUCAGCCUAUACCCGACGUAGGUGCUUUCUGUUACAUAGCUGUUCUAUCAAAAAAGAAAUGAAAUUUGAUCGAAUUAAAAAAAUAAAUCCUCAUCUGUCCUAUCGUAUAA